CACACACACACGCACUCUCUUCCUCCUCUUCUUCUUCUUCUUCUCUUUCUGUGAAUCAGGAACUAUGGCCUCUCGAUUCGCCGCACUUGGCCGCACCGCCGCCCGCGCCACGGCGCCCCGACCACCGCGCAUGGCGGCGCCGCGGCUGGCGCUGGGCCCUGUUUCAGCGCGCGGCUAUGCCUCGGCGACAGAGGCGGCCACGCAGCAGGCCAAGAGCGAUGCGCCCUGGGCCAUCACCUCGCUCCUCGUCUUUGGCGGCAUGUUCAUCUACCUCACUGCGCCCCCCAAGGGCGGCAAGAAGCACGGCCACGGCCACGACAGCCACGACAGCCACGGCAAGGCUGGCGAGGACGCAGAGGAAGGCGAGGGCGGCGACGGCGAUGAGGAGGAGGGCAAGUCGGGCGCCAUGAGCGACGAGGACUACGAGCUCGUCGACAAGGUCGAGGGCAAGCCCGCCGACGAUGCGCCGGCAGGCAACCAGCACCUCGCGUCGCAGAGCAUGAGCGCCGAGGAGGGCGCGCACCUGCAGAAAAAGACAAAGGACGCGCCGUCGGGCUCGCGCGACAACAUCACCUUCCAGAAGGGCGUCGCCAGCGCCAAGUCGGGCCACCAGGCGGGCGGGACCGACGAGGAGAAGCGCGAGCGGAUGCAGAGCAACCCCAAGAAGGUUGUCGCCGAGGCCCACACGGAGCGCGAGAACCAGCGCGCAGGCAAGGAGGAGGCUGCUGCCGACGACGAGUGAGGCAGACAAACAGUGCCGCGAUAGAAGUCAAAUCAAAUCAGUCAAUCAACAAUUCAAUCAAUCAAUGCAGUCAUACGAG